CUGAACCAUCGAAAUCCAUCUGUCCGCCGCGACUUCUCCUGAUCCUUGCAUUUCCUUCCUCCUUCCUCUUUCCCCUCUUCCUCUCUCUCGCGCAUCCCCACUACCCUGCUCCGACCUGCCCAAGCUCCAAUCCAGCUCGGUGCGGCUCUUUGCUAGACUCCACCCACACUGCGCCAUAGAUCCGCCGGCGCCUUUACCGUUCCCGUUCUACCUCAUCGCGCACCUGCUGUCCUCACCCCGUCCGCGAUCCAGGACAUUGAUUUUGGAGCUCCUCAUAGCCGGCAGAUGGACGAGAUAUCGACCAGUGAAAUCGUUGGCGUCCAUGACCCGCGUGCAAUAGAUUUUUACGAUCUACGCGGUUUUGAUGACGCCACAAAGAAAAAGAAAAAAGAACAGCAGAGGAUGAGAGCGGAACGCAUCAAAACCAAGCGCUUAAGCUUAAAAAAGAAACGCUUGAGGAAGCAACGUAAAAGAGAGGAAGCUAAAGCAAUUGUGGACAGGGCCCUCCAGUUAAGAGAAGAGAUGUAUCAAAAGAGGCUCGAAUUUGAGGCAUCGGAAAAGGGCAAGGAGGAGCAGGAGAAGUACCGCAGCACCCCUCCCUGGAGCUGGAGGCCGGCAGUUCCCAUUACUGAAGUCACUAACCAACCACCAGCUUUCGAAUGGGUUCCAUCUUUUGGCGUUGAUGAGUUUGGGAGAAUAUCUGUACUGAAGUGUACAAGUUGGAGAGUCGAGGAAUACACAUUGGAACUUGCUGAGUGUGUGGUUGGACUUCAGUCAUUUACAGAAGACAAGCAUCUUUUCUCUUGCUCUGGAACAAUUGUUGAGUUUCUAAAGGGUGUUGGUCGUGUGGUAACAUCUGCUAGUUUAGUUAAAUUGCCACACCAAGAUGAGAUAGCUGAUAAACUCAAGGUCAAUGUAUGCUUACCAAGCGGAGAAAUACUUGAGGGCUCAGUAUCAAAUGUGGACUUUUGUUACAACAUAUGUGUGGUACAUGUCCGUUCAACUUCGCAGCUGCCAGCGAAAAGGUUCAGUGCGGACACUACAUGUUUCAAUUUCAAUGACUGCCAUUCAAAAGAUGUUGUAGCUUUAGGCCGCCUUUGUAAGCGAUGGAGCUUGAACGUUGCUUCUGGAAAGUUAUCCCCAAGAAGAAGCCAGUUUGAUUGUGAAGAACUUCUUGUUUCAUCUUGCAGAAUUUCAAAGAGAGGUGUUGGGGGUCCUCUGAUGGAUUUUGAUGGAAAUAUCAUCGGAAUGAACUUCUAUGACAAGAAAGAAACCCCUUUCGUUCCAGGUUUCAUCGUGUUGAAGUGUUUGCAACACUUCAAUGAUUUCGGGAGGGUCAUACGACCGUUGCAUGGACUGAGAGUUAAAACUCUUCAUGAAGAACAGCUUACUGUACUUGAGAAGAUACAUCUGGUCUUCCCUGGUGUCUGUGGUGUCAUAGUGGAGAAGGUAGAAGUGCCUUCACCUGAACAUUCUGAGAUAAAGGCUGGGGACAGUGGUGUCAUGGUGGACAAGAUAGAAGUACCUUCACCUGAACAUUCUGAGAUAAAGGUUGGGGACAUCAUCACUCAUGUUGAUGGCAUACCUUUCUCCAGUGCUGCAGAGUUUGGUGGUAUACUGCUUGAUACGUGUGGUCAGCAUAUGCUAGAGAGACAGAAAUUGGGCCUACCGGAGGACUACAACCAGAUGUCAACAGUGAUAAGCCUAAAGUUCGACGUGAAAACACAGAGAGGUCGCAAAUCUGAAAAGACAACCAGAACUAUCAACAUCGACAAGUUUACUCCUAGUGGAAAGUUAAACAGGUGGCCACUUGGGAGAGCUUAUCUUCUUCGCCGUAUUGAGAAUGGAAUCCUGUACACCGAAGAGCGAUAUGGCUAACAGCAAAACUCUUUGUUUCGUCAAUUUGAGUAGAAUUAAUUCGUAAUGCUAGUAUAAUUAGAAAGAGUUUGGGUUCAUGUGUGGUUGGUUGGAGACUACUUAAUUUAGCAAGCAUUUUCUGAGGGGAUAACUUCGGUCAAGUGAGCCACUGCUAGAAUGAACUACAUUAGGUUUGAAGCUAAAUCUAAUCCAAUAUCCUUUUUGCUGGAUAAAUAAUAUAUAUGCCAAAAGACCAUGCUUCAAAAAUGUAUCCCGGUUGGAUGAGUG